AUAUAUUUUUGAAUGUGUGUGUGUUGUCAGGUCCGACUGAGUUGUGCUUCAGACGAGGAGGGAGGUGUUUGACAUGGAGGGGCUUGAAUGCGAUCCGAUGGCGUCGGUGGCUGCCGUUUGCCUCUCUGUGGACAGGGGGCGCCAAACUCCUUCUGAAAUGUGCUACUCAUGAGAACCAGCCGGGGGGCGCGAUGCGACGGGGUCAGACGAGGAACCCUGUCUGCAACCCAGAUGGGGAACAAUGCUCCAGGGCCGCGGCAGAACAACAGGAGGCGGAGCCAGAAGCAGGAGAUAGAAAAAGACGAAACCCAAAGCUGUGAGAAAGCAUCGGUCACAGAGAGACCCAACGAGAGGUCAGCUGCUCACACACAAUGAGGCCGACACCAGAGAGCGGCGUGGGAACCCGAGGCCACGCCCCCUCGGAGGGGAUAAAAGGGGCCGAGCAGCGCAGCCGCUGAUCCUGGAACGGGUGUCCUUCCAAAAGCCUCUUCCUCCUCUUCUUCCUCCUCCUCCUCUUCCUCACCAUGAAGGUCCUCGGCGUGUCCCUGGUGCUCAGCUCCCUGCUGGCUUUGACCCGCCCGGCCCCGCUCAACUUCACGGGGGGGCUGGCGUGGGGCCAUGGCCUCUGCAAGAAAGAGAGGAUGCCCCCUCUCUUGGGGGCGUUUGUGCCUCAGUGCGACGCCAACGGGAACUUCCUGCCGCAGCAGUGCUGCGCCUCCACCGGCUACUGCUGGUGCGUCAACGUGGUCACCGGGGAGAAGAUCCCCAACACGACCACGCCGCCCGGCGUCCCGCCCGUCAACUGUGGUGGGUCCAUCUGCCCCUUGGGAUGGUCCCGUUAUGGAGACCAGUGCUUCGCCUUCAUCUUCAGCAUGAAGACCUGGGCCGAGGCUGAGGGUUACUGCCUGUUUGAGGGGGCCAACCUGGCGUCGGCCCACAGCCCCAAGGAGAACCACUUCCUGCGGGCUCUGACCAAAGCAGACGGAUACGACUUCCCCCCCACCUGGAUCGGAGGCAACGACGCCAUCUACGUGGAUUACUGGAUGUGGAGCGACGGCUCCAGGUUCGACUACGAGAACUGGGCCCAGGGAUACGAGCCCAGGAGCUCGGGCCGCUGCCUGCAGAUGAACUAUGGAUCCCUCAAGAAGUGGAUCAACGCUUCCUGCAACGAGACCCUCCCCUUCAUCUGUGCCAAGACCGUCUGAGGGGGAGGAGCCUGCCGGUCCGGCUCCGCCCACAAUACUCUGAGCGGUAACUGUGGCGACGUGAGACCUCCUCCUGGGUGGAUCGAAAUGAUUAAAGCGAUGGAUGCACACACCUAGCCGUGUAGUAGUGACAUCAUCAUCAUCAUGAUGGUGUUCAUUGGUUCUUCUUAAAUGUGUAACGUGUGCCAUGAAAUUACAAUUAAAUAAAGGAAACGAU